CCAACCAGGAAGCUGCUUGCUAUGUCGCUAUGGAAACAAGUGUUUGCAAUACGGUUGGAGCUUGAUCUGUAUUGCGUUUCCUGAUAUCUGCAAACUUCAUGUAAACAAUGCCUCCUAAAAAGAAGGGCUCGGGUAAACGGUCAGCCAAGGUGAAGUCUGCUGCACUCAUAGAUGGCCUCACCAAGGAGGAGCUGUCCAAGGAACAGAUGAUAGAGCACAUCAUCGUUCUGCGAGAAGAGCUGGACAGAGAGCGGGAAGAGAGGAACUACUUCCAGCUAGAGCGGGAUAAGAUCCAUUCCUUUUGGGAUGUGACAAAGAAGCACCUGGAAGAGGCCGCUGCUCAACUCAGAAACAUAGAAAAGAAGAUAGAGGAGGAUGAGGGGCGCCACCUGGUAGAAAUCAAGGUGUAUAAGCAGAAGAUGAAGCACCUGCUGUGUGAGCACCACAACACAACCUCUGAGCUGAAAGCAGACAGUCUAACAUCCACUGAGGCAAUGCAAAAAGAACAGGCCCGACUGGAGAGUGAGCUUCACAGGAAGAUGGCGGCAAUCAGGUUGGACAUACAUGAGCUUGGCAUUGAAUACCUCGUUGACGACCUGGAGCAGGGACACAAUGAAGAAGUGGCUAAAACAAAACAAAGCUUGGAGAAUCAACAGGCAGAAACGGAGGCCCAGUACAAGGAAAAGCUGGAGCUGUUGCAACAGGAGAUGGACAUCAUGAGGAAAAAGGAAGUGAGCGAGCGAGAGGAUCAAUGGAACAGUCACAUCACCGCUGUGACCAGAGACCAUGGCAAAAUAUUUGACGACGCGCUCGUGCUCCUCAAUAGAAACGUGGAGCAAGAUUUGGAUCUCACUGAGUCACUGAAGAAACAAAUAGAAGAAAUGAAGACAAAACAAAAGGAAAAGGAAAAGAACCUGGCCAGGGUUCUACCAGAAAACAAGCACCUCACUAAGUUUCUAUCGGAGGCCAAGGAGAAAAUUGCUGAGGCUCAACGAAAAAUGAAGAACCCUAUCAGGAAAGAGGACCCCAUUGAAAAGAGGAAAGAAAAAGAACUGCAUGAUCAGAAACAGAAAUUAGAGCAACUGCAGCAGAAGUUUAGCAAGCUUCAGCAAGAGCGAGACGAGCUCCACAAGACCCUCAAUCAGAGUGUAGAAAGGUUUCAACAGCAAGAGGAUGAGAAGAAUAUGAAGCUGGAGCAGAAAGUGAAGGCCCUGACGGAGAGCUUAGAGGCGACAGAAGUGAAGAUCUCUUCUGUGAUCUUGGUCUCCAACGUGGACCAAACCGUGCUGAGUGGGGCCACAAACAGAGUGAAGGCUGAGAUUCAUUCCAGCAAUAAGUUCAUUAGGGAUUUACAGUAUAAAAUAACUCAGAUUUCCAAGGCUCGUUGGGAUUUACUGCUGAACUUGGAGACAAAGCGAAUAGCUCUCGGUGUUCCUGUGGGGCAACUUUGUGUAACGUAUUCUUGAUUUCGCAAUCGGGUGUGAGAUGGUCCUCAAAUCAAAAGACAGAAUCCAGGCCUGCCGAUUCCAUUUGGUUGACUUGAUGAAUUGAAUGUAAAUACUGGGUGACUCAAAAAAACGGGAAUUUUUGAAGUGCGUAUUGGCAGACAUGAGCAAGUGGCACCACUGCGAGACGGUGA